AUUGGCGCUACGAUUUUUAAAACCCACAGCGCUGUGCAAGCAUACCUAAGAGUUGUUUCCCCUGAUAGAGUAAGCGUUCCUUUCUGGGUAAGGACAGACCAACGCUCAGUGAUGGCAGACGGCGGAUAGAUCUUUUCAUAUUACGUCUGAAUACAUAGGCUUUUUUUCUUCUUCUGAUUUUCAGAAAUUGAAUGGGUCCCAAGAAAAAGCGUGAAGUGGUUUUAGAUUCUCAGUUGUAUUACUUCAUGGUAUAAUUCUUAAAAGGAGCCUAGAGUGCAGGUAAAUUACGACUGACUGAGGUAAUCGAAGCUACUCUUACACUACGAACCUUGUUCUUGUUAUAAAAACAUAAGUGAGACUCCAUUUAACGACCACCAACUAAAUAGAUUAAAAAUGUAAGCCACAUGUUUAGCAAAGCAGUAUGACAAAUAAUUACAUAAUUACAUAUCAGAAAUUCUUUGCCAUUAUCAAAGAUAGGAGUUUGUAUACCCCCCCCCCCCAACCCCACCCUUCAAUGAAAUUAAUCAUGGAGUUGUGUCUUGAUUUUCUUAAAUUAACUUUUUUUCAUUCAUACUUGAUUAUCAUUUAAUGUAUAACGUCGUAUUUAGCAUUUCACAAAGUGACGGAAAUCAAAGCAUUCAAUUCCGAUCAAAUAAUAUAGAAUUUGUUUGCGCGCAUGUGUGUAUGUAUGUGUAUGUGCGUGUAUAUGUGUGUGAGCGAGCGUAUAAACUAUGUGUGUGUUGUGGGAUUGGGGGGGGGGCUUAGGCAUGUACUAUUUUCUACAACCUCCAUGUUUAUGGAGCUUCCAAACUGUUGAUUUUUUUAAUGAAUAAAUGAAUGAACCUUUGGUUUAGUUGAAAUGUUGCAUAGCAUAGUGGUUGGUUGUUUUUAGCCUAGGUUUUUUUUUUUGUAGACUGAUCUAAGCCUGAUUUAGUUUAAUACAAUUUUAAUGUUUUGAAUAGUGUAGUAACAACCCCAGACAUUUGCCUUGCGCCCCAACUGAGAUCUUUGCAGUGUUUCUAAAACAUUUAAUCACGAUAGUUAAAAUACAGAGCGUCUUAACAGGAGCAAUACAUUUGGCUCGUCCCUACGUGGAGCUAUGAAUCAAAGUAUAACCUACGUCACACCAAUUAGUCACCUCGUUAACUUGAACAGGCGGCAGGAAUCUCAAAGUCAUUAACGUCACCAUAAUUACUCUGUUACUGUUUCAUAAUUUCAAAGGUGUGUAUAUAUAAUUUUAAUGGUGUGUAUAUUCAGUUUUAAUGGUGUGUAUAUUCUAUUGUAAUGGUAUGUAUAUAUUCAAUUUUAAUUGUGCGUAUAUUCAAUUUUAAUGGUGUGUAUAUUCCAUUUUAAUGGUGCGUAUAUUCAAUUUUAAUGGUGUGCAUAUUCGAUUUUAAUGGUGUGUAUAUUCAGUUUUAAUGGUGUGUAUAUUCCAUUUAAUGGUGUUUAUAUUUAAUUUUAAUGGUGUGUAUAUUCAAUUUCAAUGGCGUCUAAUGUCUAUAUUCAAUUGUACGGGCGUGUAUAUUCAAUUUCAAAGGUGUGUAUAUUCAAUUGUACGGGCGUGCAUAUGUUUAAUUUUGAGGGUGACUAUAUGUUAAAUGUUACACAAUGAGCGCAUCUCAACUGAAGAUACUAAGCACGAAUAAGGUGAUAUCGAAUUGUGUGUUCCACCCAUGGCCUUUCCAAGGACAGACUUGACCGUAGCGACACCUGGACAAAACCCAGAGGGGCCACCUGGGUCGCUCUUACACGUCGUUGUGUCACAGACAAGGCGGAUUGUGGAGCUGGGUCAGGAGCUGUCAAGAAAAAUCCCCCCAGUAACCGAUCAACCCACUUUGUCAAAUACUCUUGGACUUUAUCGGAUGACCUCACGUUUUGCUUGAGUUGGCAUGUCGUGCUUAGCCAGUAGGGGAUAACUCUGUAUCCAAGUAAAGCAGAGAUAACAAGCAUUAUCUUUUCCUUUGUUAGACAUGCAUGAAUACUACAGGAGUCUUUACUCUAAAUCCAGAGCCAUAUGAGCCAGUCUUACCGUCUAAAGGUUUCUGAUAAAUACACUGUAUUUUCCGACGUUUAAGACGACGUUUUGAGCCAUGAACAUUUUUUCAAAAGUAGGGGCCGUCCUAUACGCCGGGGUCGUCUUAUACACCGGGGGUCGGGGGUCGUCAUAUAAGCCGGGGGUCGUCAUAUACACCGGGGGUCGUCAUAUACACCGGGGGUCGGGGGUCGUCAUAUAAGCCGGGGGUCGUCUUGUAAGCCGUGGGUUGUCUUACAAGCCGGGGGUUGUCUUAUAAGCCGGGGGUCGUCUUAUAAGCCGGGGGUCGUCUUAUAAGCCGGGGGUUGUCUUAUAAGCCGGGGGUUGUCUUAUAAGCCGGGGUUGUCUUAUAAGCCGGGGGUUGUCUUAUAAGCCGGGGGUUGUCUUAUAAGCUGGUAUAAGGCGUGCUGACACUUCAGGGACAGGCGCCCUCUAGUUUCGUUGACAGCUUAGAAAACAAAGAUCCUGGCAGCUCCCAUGGGAAGAGGGGUGGGUAGUCUUAUACGGCGAGUAGCCCAAAGCUAUGGGUAGUCUUAUACGGUAAGAGUAGCCAAAGAUAGGGGUAGUCUUAUACGGCGAGUAGCCGAAAGAUAUGGGUAGUCUUAUACGGUAAGAGUAGCCCAAAGAUAGGGGUAGUCUUAUACGGCGAGAGUAGCCCAAAGCUAGGGGUAGUCUUAUACGGUGAGAGUAGCCCAAAGCUAGGGGUAGUCUUAUACUGCGAGAGUAGCCCAAAGCUAGGGGUAGUCUUAUACGGUGAGAGUAGCCCAAAGCUAGGGGUAGUCUUCUACGGCGAGAGGAGACCAAAGCUGAUAUUUCAACAGGAAAAGUAGGGUAGCAAGUCGUCUUAUACGGUAUUUGUUAAUGGCAGAACUGCAUGCAAGGUGAAGCACCCUUAAGUGGAAAAUUGAAAAAAAAAAGUGACUUUAACAAAAGGCUGUGGGGUUUCUUGAAUCCUAAUCUAUAGACAACACAGAUUCAGUUUCUAUGUUGUUGACUUGUUUUAUUUUGUUUUUUUUCUUUAGGGGUUUCGUUUGGGGCCUUUGAAAUUGAGCGCUUACCCCCCCCCCCCCCCUAACUUAAGGCGUCCCAUCUCUUGUGAUCGGUCUAUUUAAUGCCAUGAAUACUUGACAUCAUGCAAUAACUUGGGAUCAGGGUACUUGACAUCAUGCAAUAACUUGGGAUUAGGGUACUUGACAGCAGACAAUAACUUGGGAUCAAGGUACUUUACAUCAUGUAAUAACUUGGGAUCAGGGUACUUGACAGCAUGCAAUAACUUGGGAUCAGGGUACUUUACAUCAUGCAAUAACUUGGGAUCAGGGUACUUGAUAGCAUGCAAUAACCUGGGAUCAAGGUACUUGAUAGCAUGCAAUAACUUGGGAUCAGGGUACUUGAUAGCAUGCAAUAACUUGGGAUCAGGGUACUUGACAGGAUGCAAUAACUUGGGAUCAAGGUACUUGAUAGCAUGCAAUAACUUGGGAUCAGGGUAUUUGACAGCAUGCAAUAACUUGGGAUCAGGGUACUUGACAGCAGGCAAUAACUUGGGAUCAGGAUACUUGACAGCAGGCAAUUACUUGGGAUCAUGGUACUUGACAGCAUGCAAUAACUUGGGAUCAGGGUACUUGAUAGCAUGCAAUAACUUGGGAUCAGGGUACUUUACAUGAUGCAAUAACUUGGGAUCAGGGAUUCUCUUGGAGUCCCGCACGAUGUAGACCAAACAAAGGGAUUCCCGGGAAAUAUUUCCAUGUCACAACAUCCGGUGCCUACACUUUUGGAAUGCAAUAUUCUUUUCUUUUUUAUCACAAUUAUCACACAUUGUCGUUAUACGCCAGGAAAUGUCAACGACAGUUGACUACACCCAGGUAAUAAACUCUGUCACAAUAGUACAGAGGUUCUCAUGCGUUUUCAUUUCACGACCACAUUCAUCUCGAAGUAAAUCGACCCUUACCACUAGAGAUUGGAAAAACGAGCCUUGAAAUAUGGUCAAUUCUUGGAAAGGAAACCUUUUUAAUACUUAAUUUUCCAGUGUAAGGUUAUGGUCAACACAUUAAUUGUCAUGUAAUUGUCUACACAUUUAAUGUCAUGUAAUUGUCGACUUAUUUAUUGUACUGCAAUUGUCGACAUAUUUAUUGUCAUGUAAUUGGUGACAUAUUUAAUGUCAUGUGAUUGUUGACAUAUUUAUAGUAAUGCAAUUGUCGACUUAUUUUAUGUCAUAAUUGAAAUUGUAACUUAAACUUUAAGACGCAACUUAAAAAAUUCUUUUUUUUUUAAAUUUAAAAAGCACUACUUCCUUUAGUCUAUUAUUUCAAACGGCGAAAGCACAUAAAUUACUUUGCAAACCCUUUUUUGAGGUCGCCCCCCCCCCCUUCCCCCCAUGGGCUGGAACCCGUGCUCUGGUAACUUGAUUAUCCCAAGACUUGAUGUGUCAAGCUACCUUUUCAUUAUGCAGUGUUUUUUAAAAAAUCCCAAAUUUAACACAGUGAGAACAUUCCUACAUUCCUAAUUUUCUUUUUGUUUUUUGUUUUUGUUUUUUUGUCAAACAGAACCCAUUUUUUACAAAUUGCUAGCAACAUUUGCAUGUCAAUAUUUCAUAAGGGAUUUGAGGCUAAAAGUAGCAACCUGUAAAAGAAUCUAAAUUUCGCAAAGUGUUGAGUUAUUUUUCUUUCUACAGGUGGUUUAUCCAACUUUCGUUUAACCAGCAUAUUAUUAGCUUGGGAUAAGCAGUAGAAAAUGAAGCAGCUAGUACAGUGGUUCUCAACCUUCCUAAUACCGCGACCUUUAAUACAGUUCCUCAAGUUGUGGCGACCCCCAACCACAAAAUAAUUUUCGUUGCUACUUCGUAACUGUAGAGUAUUUGUGUUUUCCGAUAGUCUUAGGCGACCCCUGGGAAAGGGUUGUUCGACCCCCAAAGGGAUCGCGACCCACAGGUUGAGAACCUCUGAGCUAGUAGCUAAUGACCAAACUCUUAACUAACCAUAGUUAAAAAAGUUUACUUAUUUAUUCAUAGACAAUAACAAUUAAAGGACUAUACAAAAUCAAGUUUUUAAUUAGUUUAACUAAGUUUAUAUUUUUAAUGAAAUAAAUUUCAUUCCGGGAUUUCGGAAGGAGGAAAAUUCUACGGCAGUUUCUAGGGAUACGCAAAUCCCGGGACAUCAAAACCCUAUUUGGGAUCAGUCUAUUGAACGCUCGCAGUUCUUUACAGCGAGUCACAUCGUGGGUUCGAUUUUUUGAAAGCACUGAGUAUUUCACAGCGUACCAUGUCUUGGGAUCGGUCUAGUGAAUGUCUUCGGUACUUCACAGCGUCCCAUGUCUUGGGGUCGGUCUAGUGAAUGUCUUCGGUACUAUACAUCGUGCCAUGUCUUGGCAUCGGUCUAGUGAAUGUCUUCGGUACUUCACAGCGUGCCAUGUCUUGGGGUCGGUCUGGUGAAUGCCUUCGUACUAUACAUCAUGCCAUGUCUUGGGAUCGAUCUAGUGAAUGCAUUGGGUACUAUACAUCAUGCCAUGUCUUGGGAUCGGUCUAGUGAAUGCCUUCGGUACUUUACAUCAUGCCAUGUCUUGGGAUCGGUCUAGUAAAUGCAUUGGGUAAUAUACAUCGUGCCAUGUCUUGGCAUCGGUCUAGUGAAUGUCUUCGGUACUUUACAUCGUGCCAUGUCUUGGGAUCGGUCUGGUGAAUGCAUUGGGUACUAUACUUCGUGCCAUGUCUUGGGAUCGGUCAAGUGAAUGCAUUGGGUACUAUACAUCGUACCAUGUUUUGGGAUCGGUCUGGUGAAUCCCUUCGGUACUAUACAGCGUACCAUGUUUGUCCUGCGGCCCUGAGAACGGGUUAACCUUAUAGUUCAUGUUUAACGUAUAUAGGCUCAGGCCGCAAGAAGACAUUUGACUCCUCAACAAUGGGACGAACGAAUUGAAACAACAACCAAGGCAUCUAAAGUUUGGGUUCCAAUUUUAAAAGUUACAUUUAGUUGCUAUACUUAUAACUAUUAGGUAUUUUUUACGGCUAAUAUGUAUAGUUAUAGAAAUAUGAAAAGUUCAUUUACGAAGUAUAACUACUACUGAUGCAUUAGGUUGUUUUUUAAUUGCAGAAAAUAAACGACAAAUGUUCAUAUUAACUGUUCAACCGCUUUUAACAAGUUAUCGUCUUGACAGUUUGAGAAGCUUCAAGGCAUCGUGCUACUUGCUUACAAUAAUAUCGCAUUUUGUUUCAAAACGCACAUUUUUUUUUAUUGUUCCCAUUAAAUAUUGUUUACAAAAUAUUGUUCAGCCCAUGAACUAAAUCCCUCGCCGGGAUGGGACAAAUACUUUCUUUUAUAAAAGUGGCGUGAAUUUUUGUUCAAAAUUGUAUCAAUCAUUUUUUAAUAAUUGAAAUAUAUCCAUUUUCCACAUUUCACCGGCAAUGCUCAUUUCUCAAGUUCUAAACAAGGGCCCCGUGUAAUCCUAGCGUUGUACUAUGAGUACCCCAUAUGUUCUGCUUGACCAUAUUUUCGUUACCCAUGUUUAAGGUCUGUGUGACGCAUGAAUGGAUGACACCAGCACCAAGGUACUUUGUAUGGUUCUGCUGUUCAUUGACACCCUCCUGUUUGGAUGGCCGCCCUACCUGCUGGUCAAAGAUGGAAACCAGACGCCCCGGGUGGCGCGGAUAAGAAAACUUGUCAUCUCUUACUUAACCUGCUUUGCCGGGGGCGUGUUCUUUGGGGCGUGUAUGCUCCACCUACUGGCUGAAGGGAGGGAAGAAAUGGAGGAGUACUUCAUUAAGGUCAGUGCUGGCAAUGGAAGGCGAAAGUUGAGUUGACAAUGUUGUUCUGUGUUUAUCAAUCGAAGAUAUCUCACUUUAUCUUUUAAGAUAGAUAACAUAAGUUUCUUUAAUUGAUCCAUUGUACAUGUUUAUUUAUGGCAUAUUGAUACACAUUCUAAUUAAAUAGAGAAAUAACUAAACUAGUACAGUGUAAACGUAAAGGAAAAUGAAGUCUUGUGAACCAUAACGUUACUCAUCCUUAAAUAAAAUGAGUUUAAGUUGUACUAACCUGAUUGCAGUCUCUCCCCUUAUUACCCCUCGUCCUUAAAGUAAUUGUAAAAGCAAAAAAAGCGAAAGAAAAGGGAAAACAAUCAGAAAAGAUCCAUAUAGAGUACAAUGUAUUUAAAGUGACAAACAAUUAAGUAUCUUUAACUAGCACACAGCAUUGUGGAUAACUCUGGAUAGCAAAAUUUGUUCUCCAGAGUUAUCCAAAAUGCCACAUGUUUUACCGGUUAUCCAAAGUAUGGCAAUCAUUCAAGUAAACUUGGGGGAUAACUCUGGAUUUAACAGGUUAUUCAAAGUAUGACAACCGUUCAUAACUGGCAAUACACAUGUGUUUCAUAACUGGCAAUACACAGGUGUUUCAUAACUGGCAAUACACAUGUGUUUCAUAACGAGCCAUACUCAGUUGGAUAAUGAAAUGAAUGGCUAUGAUUACGGAUUACAACAGUAGACGCGUACAGUGAUUAUUUCAGAAAUUUUCCCCCGGGGGGUACUUCAGAGUUUUCUGGGGGAGGGGGGCGGCAAAGGCGUUCUUAGGAGUUUGGGGCCCUAAGCAUGGAGCGUAGGUUGGGGGCCCCUGAAGGGGUGUCCUGGGGUGGAGCUCACUCGAGCUGAGGAGAAAACACCCCCUACAACUGCGGCACCUCCAUUCUGCCUUCAUUAAUGUUUCCUCUUUCCCAUUCCCAUGGCCAAGCUCCUGAUUUCCUGUCUGCCACACCCAAAGCUCCCCCCCCUGCUGCUUCCUUUCCACUGCCUCCGAAUUCAACUCAGAAUGAUACAUUUCAGGAUGAGGAAGGUAACGUGAAUGACACAGACGGCUGCAGUGCCAGUUAAAAAAAAGGGGGGGGGAGAUCGAGGGCGCCUCACUGGGGCCCCCACACGUUCGGGGCCCUACGCGGAUGAGUAGUCAGCGUAUGCCUAAGAACGGGCCUUUUGGGGGGGGGGCAGUUCCAGCAGUGCCAGUUGAUUUAUUGGGGGGCACUUGGCUUUCCCGGGGGGGAGAGGGGGGGACUGCCCUCCCGCAGAUAUAGCUGAAAGAAACCCUGGACGCGUAUUACUAUGAAGGGGCACCUGGCCACAUUUUAUACAAUCUUGUAGUUGAAAAAAAAAGUUUUUUAUUCGGCCUUUAAAAAAAAAAAUGUUUUUCCACACAUUCCGUCGAUGACAAACUGCUUUGAAAUUUAUGUGCCAUUUUUAGGUGUAGUUGACCUUGACCUUUCUGUUAACCAGGCCGACGUGACCAUAGACUUCCCUGUGUUUGAAACUGUUGUGGCCGGUGGAUUCUUUACGAUCGCCCUGAUCGAGCAGAUUGCCCAUCGCCUGAUGAAAGGCUCAGCUGACGACCCCCACACAUCGCUGGACCUUAAAAGGGCGAGCCUCAACAGCGAGGCGGUCAACGGAGGUAAUCCAAGGUAUUCAUUUUAUCAGGUAUAGUGGGCGAGGGGUGGGGGUGGGGGGCUACCUGGGGUGGCAUAGCUGGAGCAUGGUGUAAGGUGCUGUAUAUGUUGACAUAGGAGUAGCAGGUCAUGCGGUGCUCUAUAACUUGAUAUAGGUUUUUAUGUUAUAAGGCACUGGGUAUUUUGACAUAGGUCUACCAUUGUAUAUGGUGCUGUAUUUGUUGACAUAGCAGUAACAUGAUGUGACAUUUGAUGUGACAUAGCUCUAGUACCAAAUAAUUAAAUACAUGUUUUUUAUAUGAUUUACGUGUCCUAUGCUAUAGUAUUGUGAUACAUAUGUUGACAUGAUGUAUCGUAAGGUAGGAUAUUGUGAUACAUACGGUGAUAUGAUGUGUCGUAUUGUAUAGUAUUGUAAUACAUGUGGUGACAUAAUGUGUCGUAUGGUUUAGUAUUGUGAUACAUAUGGUGAUAUGGGGUACCAUAUUUCGCUCUACGACACAAGAGCUGGGAAUUUCGAGGUAUAAUCCGAUCGCUGAUUUGAGUGCCAUUGCUUGAGUCCAUCUCUUCCCAGAGAAGGAAUCGCAGACUAAGUAAAAUAAAAGAAGAUAACUUGAUAGUCUUGUCAGACUGACAUCAAUGAAUCUCGUAAGACAAGGUCAGGCAAGGUCAGACAAGCUCGCUGAAUGAGUUCGCCAGCACUGUUGUCUAAACUUUGAAUUGAUUACCGAUUUCAGCAUGACCUUUUCUUUGACAGAACAACUGGCGGGGAGAGGAAAAGAUGGGGGGCAGGUGGGAGGCAGGUAGGGUGAAGGACAAUGGAAUGACGACAAUGAAAGAUUCAUGACCAUGAAUAUAUGAAUAAAGGAGCGGAAAUAAUUAUAACUGAUGAUUUGGUCUAAGCAAACUGGUUUGACCUUAGGCACAACGAUUGGCCCUGUGUCUAACAAAAGACACAAAGAUUGGCCCUGGGUCUAAUCAAAGACACAAAUAUUGGACCUGGGUCUAACCAAAGACACAAAGAUUUGACCUGUGUCUAACCAAAGACACAAAGAAUGGCCCUGGGUCUAACCAAAGGCACAAAGAUUGGACCUGGGUCUAACCAAAGACACAAAGAUUGGACCUGGGUCUAACCAAAGACACAAAGAAUGGCCCUGGGUCUAACCAAAGGCACAAAGAUUGGACCUGGGUCUAACCAAAGACACAAAGAUUGGCCCUUGGUCUAACCAAAGGCACAAAGAUUGGCCUUGGGUCUAACCAAAGACACAAAGAUUGGCCCUGGGUCCAACCAAAGGCACAAAGAUUGGCCCUGGGUCUAACCAAAGGAACAAAGAUUGGACCUAGGUCUAACCAAAGACACAAUGAUUGGACCUGGGUCUAACCAAAGACACAAAGAUUGGACCUGGGUCUAACCAAAGACACAAAGAUUGGCCCUUGGUCCAACCAAAGGCACAAAGAUUGGCCCUGGGUCUAACCAAAGGAACAAAGAUUUGACCUAGGUCUAACCAAAGGCACAAAGAUUGGCCCUGGUUCUAACCAAAGACACAAAGAUUGGACCUAGGUCUAACCAAAGACACAAAGAUUGGCCCUGGGUCUAACCAAAGGCACAAAGAUUGGCCCUUGGUCUAACCAAAGACACAAAAGUUGGCCCUGGGUCUAGUCAUAUUGAUAGAAGACAUGUUCUGAUAAAUUUGUGGAACGAAAGUUGUUCCUCAUCUCCACGGUCAAUUUAUUUAACUUCCUGUAAGUGAGUUGAAAUUUCUUUCCUCUUGGUGAUGAAACAAUCAGACCUCGCGGUGAUGAAACAAUCAUACCUCGUGGUGAUGAAACAAUCAGACCUCGUUGUGAUAAAACAAUUAGAGUUCUAAAACUAAGAAGACAUCUGCCAAUGUUUUCAUUAAGAAGAAUAAUGACGGAGUCAAAGACAUACAGAAGUUAUUCCAUGCCAUGCGGGAGGACUAUCUGUUGAGCUAAAGUCUUCAGCAAUGGACCAUUUUCACCGUCAGAUAGAUCAUUGAUAAAACGCUCACCGAUUUCUUUAGGAAAACUUUAAAAAAAAAAAAAAAAAAACUACAACAAUCAAGUACAUAGCAUGUUAGAUAGCUGAAUGAAAGUGAACACACAUAACGUGUGAUAGAACAGGACUUGUGAUAGAGCACAAGAUAUCGACAUUUUCCGAAAUAUAUUUAUUGUUCUAUACUGUCAGGGACCAAAGUACAACACUAUUUUUAUGUAAGAUGAACCCACCCCACUCCCCCCGGGGCCCAUAUCACAUCGUGAUCACAGGAAUUUUGAGUCCCCGGAUAAUGCCCUUGGUUUUGACCUGUACAAGAUAAGAGAUUAGUGUCCCCUGGGUCAUGAGACACUAGACGCCAUAUAAGCAAAAUGAGCCUUUGGAUAAAUGGAGCUUUGGGCAAGGGCUCUAAAUCAUGUGGUAUGAGAACACUUGGCCAAGUUAACAUAGGAUGAUCAUAAGCUGAAAUAACAAUCAGAAUCUUUAAAAUUGAUCCACUGAAUUCACUGUACAGUGAAUUAAAAAAAAAAUCAUACCGGGAAAUAUAAUGUAAUGGAUAAUAGAGAGUCAAGGUCAGCAGUAAUAUAUAGUCAAGGUCAGCAGUAAUAUAUAGUCAAGGUCAGCAGUAAUAUAUAGUCAAGGUCAGCAGUAAUAUAUAGUCAAGGUCAGCAGUAAUAUAUAGUCAAGGUCAGCAGUAAUAUAUAAAAGUAAGGUGUGCGCCAAGCAUACAAAAAUAGACAAUGAUAAACAUUAAAUAAAAUGUAGAAGGAAUAAAAAACAACAACGGUAAUAAUGGGGGAGACUGGUAACCAACAAGAAAUUAAAAAAAUUGUAACACGAUAACGUAAUAAAAACGUAACCUUUGAAUAUACUUUUAAUAAGAAAAUUCUGUUUAAGUCCCUCAGUGCAGCGAAACUCCAUGGCCGAAUAGCAUUCAAUAUUGUACUUAUCACUCAUCCAAAUAAGAGCUAAUAUCACAUGAAGUGAAAAAAUGGAUAUUUGCGUACGUACGGGGCUAACAAUCCCUUGGAUGAUUUUUAAAAAAGUUAUUAAAAAUGCGGGGGGCCGGGGGGGGGAGAGGGGGGUUCGAUACUUAAAUUUUGCCCCAGGCAACACAAGAUACGCCUCAGAAUAAAGGAAUAAAUUUGAAAAAUAAUUAACCUUCCUGGGUCCUGGGUUCAUACAUAUCGAGGGUAGGAAAAAAGGGUGUGUAGAUUUUUGCGUGGAAGACAACAUCUUUAAAUCCAAUGAUAUUACAGCUUUGAAAAAGAGAUGUUACAUUCUCUUUUUUUUUUUUUUCUUUCUUUUUUUUACAAAUAAACGCAUGUUUAACAAAUAAGAAAAUCCAUGACGUAAACAAAACGUGGGUACAUUGACAUAAGUUACCCAUGAAUAUCAAAACUCAAUUAUUUUACAUGCGUGGAAAUUUCAUUUUGAAAAAUAGAGAUAGGUUAAGAUUUUCUUUCAAAUGAAAAUAUAUUUUUGUUUACUACUUUUCGAACAGUAAAGUGGGUGGGUGUAUGAGAUCAAUAACAUAUCUGUAAAAAAAAAGACACCCAAGGCUGUUACAGACUUCUUUAGAUAAAAUAAUUCUUUGUUUUACGAUUUUUCGAUAAUAAUAUUAGAAAACAAAGAAAAAGUUUGAUUACAUUUUUAAUGAUUCCGUUAAUAUAAAACAUAUUUAAAAUGGUAUAUACAGUUUUUGUUUUAAAUUUAAGAUUAAGCUUUCACAAUUUUUGGGGAAACAGAAUUCAGCUUAGGGGCAGUUGCGUAGCGAGAGUGUUUGGCGCCCGGGGACAUCUGUCCCCCCUGCCCCCACCACGCUACGCCUCUGCUUAGGGGCAGGAAAAGUCGUAUUGUAGGUCCAAGAAUUAACAAUUUGAAAUCUCACGACAUCUAAAGUAUUUAUAUAACGUAGAAAUCAGCCAUCAAUCAUUUCCUUUAUUGACAACGAUACGUUAAUUUGUGAUCAUUUAGAUUUGAUAAUUUAAGGCCAUGUUUAGAGGGGAACAAAUUUAGUUCAACACAAAAGGGGGGAAGGGUUGGCGUAUAAUAUAUAGCAGAAAAAUAUUUGUUAAAACUUUUAAUGAUGUUAGAAAAGUAAACAUCAUUACAUAGAUACUUCUUUUUAAAAAACGGAAUUUUGAUGAGUUUUCACAAUAGUAGUCGGAAAUGAUCGCCAAAGGCCUGCCAUUAUUAUAUCGAUAAUAUCGGGUGUUCUUUUCUAGUAUAUUAUAUUUAAACUAUAUACACAUUAUAUCUGAUUAUACCCCGUAGAGUAGUUGUUCUCAACCUUUUCUAAUUCUGCGACCCCUUUAUAAAAUGUUGUGGCGACACCCAGCAACAAAAUUAUUUUCGUUGCUACUUCAUAACUGUGGCGUAUAUGUGUCUUCAGAUGGUUGUAGGCGACACCUGGGAAAGGACCCACAGACUGAGAACCGCUGCCUUAGAGGGUAUCUCCUCCCCUUUCUGUCAAUCCCCAAGGGGUGUUUAGUUAUUCGCUACGGAUAACAUUUCAGAAAAGACAUAGUUUUAAUAGGAUUGGAAGCACAAUAAUUCUACUGAUGAAGAGUUGAGUUAGGUUUUUAAAAUUUAAAAAGUUGGUUUUUAAAGUAUUAAAAGUUAGGUUUUUCAAAUAGAAGAACAAGGUAUUUGGAAGCUUGAAUCAAAAGACAGGACAAUAAGGUAAGAAAGUUUCGACCAAGAGCCUUCCUCAGCAGACAGGACAGAUGAGAGAGACGUCCGGAGCGGUUGGUGGAGCGUUAAGACGUAGAUGAAGAGAGACACAUCUGGAGCGGUUGGUGGAGCCGUAAGACUUGCAUGAAGAGAGACACCUCCGGAGCGGUUGGUGGAGCGUUAAGACGGUUGGUGGAGCGUGAAGACGGUUGGUGGAGCGUUAAGACGGUUGGUGGAGCGUUAAGACGUGCAUGAAGAGAGACACGUCUGGACCGGUUGUUGGAGCCGUAAGACUUGCAUGAAGAGAGACACCUCCGGAGCGGUUGGUGGAGCGUGAAGACGGUUGGUGGAGCGUUAAGACGGUUGGUGGAGCGUUAAGACGUGCAUGAAGAGAGACACGUCUGGAGCGGUUGUUGGAGAAGGGCUGGAAAUAUAUCAAGUUUAGUUGAUGCACCCCAUAACAUUACCACAUAAACUGCGCCCCGUCAAGCGAGUGUCAUCGUCAGCGGUUCCCUGAAAUAUGGGUUGGAUAACACACUCGCUAUAUUAUUGUUUUAGAUAGGAAUUAGGACAGAUAUAUCAUAGCUCUUGUUUCUUUUGUUACACUGUACCAGAGGGGGUCAAUACAGAUAGGUCUAUAUCAUAACUCUUGUUUCUUUUGUUACACUGUACCAGAUGUGGUCAAUACAGAUAUAUCACUGCUUUCAUUUCUUUUGUUACACUGUACUGGGCCUUAUGAUCUUUUAAUGAAAAUACGACUAGAAAUAGCAACUAGUUUAAAAAAAAACUGUAGUGUUCUCCAUUGUUGCCAGAAGUUUUUAACUAGUUUUCCAAUUGAAUUUCAUUGUUCCUAAAGCACGCCGCCCAAGGGCCUGGACAAUCUCUUGUAUCAAACAUCAACAGUGCCGACGGUCAGCGGCGACACUGUAUCAAACGGCGUGGCUGGGGUCUACCAGCCCCGUGGCAUGUACGGCGCUGUCGAAGUGACCAACAGCCAGUCAACGGCAGACGAGAACACCAUUUGCUAUAAAGCAAGGGACGCGAACGGAGUUCCUUCCUGCGACAUGUCUGGCGCUGUUAUCUCCCCUUCAAUGCAACCCAGCCAAGCAUUGGAGGAGAAAAGAGAUGACGAAGGUGAGGCCACGUGGUGUAAUGGUACGUCAAAGGUCAGCGGUUACUAAACAUAUUCGACAGGAGGUUAUCUGUUACAAUAAAAGUUAACAAGUCUGCUAACAGCCAUGCGCCACUAUUGUCUCUUGUAAAAAAAAGACAUUUACUUGAGACCCGUAUUUUAAAAUUAAAUAUAGGUUUGAGGUGAAGGCCAGUGGCUUUCGACGCACUCUCGGAUUAUGCUUUUACUAUUACGCGUUGUACUUUAUUAUUGUUUGGGACACCCCUCGCUCUGCGGGCCAGAGGAAAAAGUCAGAGAACUCCAUGCGGUCCCCCAGGCCUUGCGUUUGCAUAUUCGCAUGGGAUUAGUGCAACAAUGUUUUCAAAAAACUUAAUGCAGUUAUCGGAUGACAAGCCCUCCCCAGCCUGUCAACAAAGGAAAGUAGCCAAACACUAGACGGAGUUAGCUAAAGUUGGUUUCAGAACGGGGUCUUGGUUAGAUAAAAGAAGAGGGUGCGACUAGAACCGGGAGCCACUAGAACGGGGUGCCACUAGAACGGGGAGCCACUAGAACAGGGUGCCACCAGAAAGAGGUGCCACUAGAACAGGAUGCCGCUAGAACGGGGUGCCACUAGAGCAGCGUGCCACUAGAAAGGGAUGUCACUUGAACGGGACGCCACUAGAACGGUACCCCACUAGAACGGGGUGCCUCCAGAAAGGGGUGUCACUAUAACGGGGUGCCACUAGAACGGGGUGCCACUAGAACAGGGUGCCACCAGAAAGGGGUGCCGCUAGAACGGGGUGCCGCUAGAACGGGGUGCCGCUAGAACGGGGUGUCACUUGAACGGGAUGCUAGUAGAACGGCUUGCCACUAGAACGGGGGGCCACUAGAACAGGGUGCCACUAGAACGGGGUGCCANAAAGGGGUGUCACUAUAACGGGGUGCCACUAGAACGGGGUGCCACUAGAACAGGGUGCCACCAGAAAGGGGUGCCGCUAGAACGGGGUGCCGCUAGAACGGGGUGCCGCUAGAACGGGGUGUCACUUGAACGGGACGCUAUUAGAACGGCUUGCCACUAGAACGGGGGGCCACUAGAACAGGGUGCCACUAGAACGGGGUGCCACUAGAACAGGGUGCCUCCAGAAAAGGGUGCCGCUAGAACGGGGUGCCGCUAGAACAGGGUGCCACUAGAAAGGGGUGUCACUUGAACGGGGUGCCACUAGUACGGGGAGCCACUAGUAUAGGACUUGACCAAAAAGAGCAGGUUGUCCAUAGAGCAGGUUGAUGACAGAGCAGGUUGUGAUUCUCCUAUUUUUUUCCCUCCUAUUUAAGAGGAAAAUAACGGCGUGCAGUCUACGUCAAAAGAUUUUUUUUUAAGAAGUAUUUUAAAUUAUUUACAACUAAUAAUUUUUAACCAUUAUGACUGACGGUGUAUUUUUACAGGGUCAAGUUUUGUGAAAACCACGACAUACAAAUCAUUCCACAUAAAAUGUCCAUGGAUUGUUUCUUGUUAUUUCAUGGCGAUGUUGAAUCUUCUAUUCAGUCAAACUGACUAGAAAUAAAUAUCCCUUCUCGAUCCCAUGCAGGCGUAGGUCAUGGCCACUCCAAGGAUUCUGAACUUGUGAACGUCGCGGUGACCAUCGAGGCCAACCCACUGAGGGCGUUCUUGCUUCUAGCCGCCCUUUCCUUCCACACCGUGUUUGACGGGCUGGCGGUCGGUCUGCAGACCAAAGCGUCCAACAUUUGGGAGGUACAAACAUCAAUACAAACUUGGGUCAGACAAACAUCAAUACAAACUUGGGUCACACUAACAUCAAUACAAACUUGGGUCACACUAACAUCAAUACAAACUUGGGUCACACUAACAUCAAUACAAACUUGGGUCACACUAACAUCAAUACAAACUUGGGUCACACUAACAUCAAUACAAACUUGGGUCACACUAACAUCAAUACAAACUUGGGUCACACUAACAUCAAUACAAACUUGGGUCACACUAACAUCAAUACAAACUUGGGUCACACUAACAUCAAUACAAACUUGGGUCACACUAACAUCAAUACAAACUUGGGUCACACUAACAUCAAUACAAACUUGGGUCACACUAACAUCAAUACAAACUUGGGUCACACUAACAUCAAUACAAACUUGGGUCACACUAACAUCAAUACAAACUUGGGUCACACUAACAUCAAUACAAACUUGGGUCACACUAACAUCAAUACAAACUUGGGUCACACUAACAUCAAUACAAACUUGGGUCACACUAACAUCAAUACAAACUUGGGUCACACUAACAUCAAUACAAACUUGGGUCACACUAACAUCAAUACAAACUUGGGUCACACUAACAUCAAUACAAACUUGGGUCACACUAACAUCAAUACAAACUUGGGUCACACUAACAUCAAUACAAACUUGGGUCACACUAACAUCAAUACAAACUUGGGUCACACUAACAUCAAUACAAACUUGGGUCACACUAACAUCAAUACAAACUUGGGUCACACUAACAUCAAUACAAACUUGGGUCACACUAACAUCAAUACAAACUUGGGUCACACUAACAUCAAUACAAACUUGGGUCACACUAACAUCAAUACAAACUUGGGUCACACUAACAUCAAUACAAACUUGGGUCACACUAACAUCAGUACAAACUUGGGUCACACUAACAUCAAUACAAGAUUGGGUCACACUAACAUCAAUACAAACUUGGGUCACACUAACAUCAAUACAAACUUGGGUCACACUAACAUCAAUACAAACUUGGGUCACACAAACACCAAUACAAACUUGGGUCAUACAAACUUCAAUACAAACUUGGGUCAUACAAACUCCAGUACAAACUUGGGUCAUACAAACAUCAAUACGAACUUGGGUCAGACUAACUUGUAAAUUAAGGUUAUGAAAAAUGUGUCACAUGAUCAGCAACAUUAAACAUAUGAGCACUACCAAUAUGCAUUUAAAAAAAAAAUGAUGCAUCUAAUUUACUCUCACCUGAGCGACUAUUUGAAACAAUGUUAUCAGAUGUAGUCUAAAAUGAAGUGACAUGACGGAAUGAAGCAGGUUGAUGACAUUAAUUGUUAGGGUUUUGAUUCAGGGUUGUUAUAAGCAGAAGGACACACGUCUUCGAAGCAUUCGAUCAAGAAACAGUUAUAAAGUAAUUCGUUUCUUUACUUUGUUGAUGAUGAAAGGAUUACACCGCCACCUAGCAGUUAAAAAUGUUUGACACGUUUGCAUCCUCAGAUGUUCGCUGCCAUCUGCAUCCACAAGUCGUUGGUGGCCUUGUGCCUCGGCAUGCAGCUGUUCCUGGUUUACAAGUCCAGACCGGUGAAAGCCUUCUUCUGGGUUUUUGUGUUCUCGCUGAUAUCUCCGAUAGGUGUCGGUGAGUACCGCCCCCCCCCCCCCAAAACUGAUAUUUUCUAAACAAACUCUCCUUCAGAUAUAACAUCAUGUGAUGAUGAGUAAGAAACCAAGUAGGUCUAACUACUCUCAAAAUCUGGUUUCCGCCUGAUAAAGAAUUUAACAGCAAUUAUGUUUAGGAAGCCACAUUAAUAUUGCAUGCAAUUUAAUGUGAGCGUAUUGUAUAAUGCACGUGAUUCCUGCUCGUGGUUUCAACAAGGAAUUUUACAUACAAGUUACAUUUUUAAAUCAUACAUUUCUAUUUACUUAAUAUUGAAAAUACAUUUGCCGUCACCCACUCUCGUUUUGUAACUCACCAGGUCUCGGCAUGAUACUGACCUCAGGGCAUAUGAAUAUGCUGGCCGAGGGUUUGGUCAGCUGGGUCCUGCAAGCGGUGGCCACGGGGACAUUCAUCUACGUGACCUUCUUUGAGAUCCUCUGGGAGGAACUCUUGGAGAAACGGGGUCUGCUGAGACUGUGCCUGGUGAUCGCGGGCUUCGGAGGCAUGGCUGUGGCAAAAUACGUCGACAAGGGCUAACCUGCGUUGAUUUUCGGCAAUCGACUGCUUUCGUCUGCGGUCGCUAACUUGAGCACGUGAUAGAAUUGGAAGUGCAGACGCAGUGUUUUUAAAUAUUAACAUAUCCACCAGAAUUGAUUUCAUAAAUUCGUGCGCACCUUCACAGAAAAGUGCUGUCUGAAUUCUCAAUAAAUAUCUGCACAAUUUAGCGUUAAACUAAUGAUUUGACCACGUGACUAUGAAAUUCACGUGGAGAGACGGGUGAAAGAGCAACUAUAGAUCGAAUGAAGAGAAGGAGAAAUCGUCUAGAUAGAGAGGGAAGAGUAGAUGAGAAGUAGCAGUCUAGAUGUGAGGGGAAUAGAAGAAAAGUAAUAUGGAUUCUAGAAAUAUUGGCAGAACAGAAGAGAAGUAGCACUCUAGAUAUAAUGGCAGAACAGAAGAGAAGAAGUACUCUAAGGGGCGAGAAUAAGAGAAGUAGUCGUCUAGAAAUGAGGGGAGAGAAAUAAUGUAAGGAUGUAAAAAAGGAGGAGAAUUAGGAAAGAAGAUGUACUCGUGAAGGUUGAGUGAGUGUAGGGUGAGUGUAGGGUGGGUGUAGGGCGAGUGUAGGGUGAGUGUAGGGUGAGUGUAGUAAGUGGCGAGGAGAAAAGUAUUUAGGAAGAGCAGUUAUUGGGGAAGAGAGAGCACUGAUUGGGGAUAGACAGCAGUGAUGGGCAGAGAGUACUGAAGAGGGAGAAAAAGAGAGCAGUAAAUGGAGAGAGAGAGAAGUGACAGGGAGAGAGAGAGCAGUUAAUGGGGUACAGAGAGCAGUGAAUUGGGAGAGAGAGAGCAGUGAAUGGGGAGAGAGAGAGAGAGCAUUGAGUGGGAGAGAUAGAGAGAGAGAGAGAGAUAGAGAGAGAAGGGAAUGAGGAGACCGAACAGUGAAUGAGGAGAUAUUGAGCAGUGAAUAGGGAGAGAGUAAUGAAUGGAAGAGUGAGCAGAGCAAUGGUGAUUUAGAGCAGUGAACGGGGAGAGAUUAGUGAGUGGGAGAGAGAGCGGCGAAUUGGUUAGAGAGUAGUGAAUGGGGAAGGAGAGAGAGACAAAAACAGAGAGAGACCGAGAGAGAGAGAGAGAGAGAGAGAGAGAGAGAGAGAGAGAGAGAGAGCAGUGAAUGGACGCAAAAAGAAUUACCACCGACACCACUUUAAUGAAUAGGUUCGCUGAGAAGGUGGAGUUACAAUCAGCGCCAUUGUUAGUCACGUGGUAAAGGGAGGAAGAAAUUGUUAAUUAAAUUGUUGUCAUGUGUUCGCUUUUGUUGCUGUGGGAAUGAAUUAAUAAUAUCAAUGAUAACACUUUAUUUGUUAUUGCUUUUAAACAUGUUUAUCUCACCUUCACCUUUGCUAUCCGAGGG